AUGGCUGCACAUGCUGCAGCACUGCCAGAUACAGACGCCAUCAGAAGUCUCACAAUCGAUGAGGAUCGCUACGAGCGCCUGGAGUGCAUCGGAAGAGGCUCCUUUGGAGAUGUCUACAAGGGGCUUGACAAGGAGUCAGACAUGGAGGUGGCUAUCAAGGUCAUCGACCUUGAGGAUGUCCCUUCAAUGACUUUGCAAAGCAUGUUCUUGCAGGAAGUGGCCGUCCUGGCAAAAUGUCGCUCUGAGAACAUCACGGAGUACUAUGCGUCUGUGCUGAAGCCUGGAUCCAGCGAGCUGUUCAUUGUCAUGGAGCUCAUGGCUGCAUCAGUGGCUGACUUGCUGGACGAGCGGCCUUUGGAGGAGCCGGAGAUCGCGCAUGUGUUGCGGCAGGUGCUGCGGGCGCUGGUUUACCUGCAUGGGGAGCACCGCGUGCACCGGGACAUCAAGGCGGCCAACGUGCUGCUGUCCGCGGAGGGCGCUGUCAAAAUCAGCGACUUUGGCGUCUCCGGGCAGCUCACAGGAACGCUGGGUUACCGGCGGCGGACGUUUGUGGGGACGCCGUACUGGAUGGCGCCCGAGGUGAUCGAGACCUCGGAGGAGGGCUACAGCCAGACCGCCGACAUCUGGUCCCUUGGCAUCACCGCCAUCGAGAUGGCGACGGGGACGCCGCCGCUAGCAGAGCUGCAUCCCAUGCGAGCGCUCUUCCUCAUACCCAAAAACGCGGCGCCGCAGCUGCAGGGGCCCUACAGCCAGGGCCUGCGGGACUUCGUGGCGCGCUGCCUGCACAAGGAUCCCGCGCUGCGGCCUUCCGCUCAGGAGCUCUUGGACGACCCUUUUGUGCGCGAGGCACAGCUUCCAGAGGACUUAAAGCACCGCAUCUCUGAGCACCUCGCCCACCAGAAACCGGUGCGCUUCGGUUGCAUGCUAGUUUGCAUGCUAGCUUCAAAGCAUGCUAGUUAG